CCCAUCAUGAGCAUUGGCGACAGCACAGUCGAUGGAGUUAUUCGCUUGAGCCUGCAGAGAGAGGUACAUUAUCCCACCCGUCGAUGGCUGAGCGGGACGAACACGACUGGGAGUCGGACCAUCGCAUCUGACAAGGUCUCCCUUGGGGUCGGCAUCGGGACACAUUAUGCCGAGAUCUACUUGGGUCUACCGCCGCAGAGAGCUUCCGUCAUCGUGGAUACGGGGAGUCACAUGACUGCGCUUCCAUGUUCAUCGUGUGUCGACUGCGGGGAACAUACCGACCCCCCGUACGACGUGAGCAAGUCUACGACGGCCAACUACCUCACAUGUGCCGAGUACGGUCACUGCUACUCGUGCGAGUCGAACAACCACUGCCGCAUGACCCAGAGCUACGCCGAAGGAAGCAUGUGGAGUGCGUUGAUGGUGAGCGAGUUGUGCUGGGUAGGACCCCUUCCAUCUACCAACGACGACAACGCCCCAGACGAACCCGAUCCGUCCAUGCUGUUGUCCAAGUUUGGCGUCCGGUUUCCCAUCGGAUGCCAGACCAAAGAAACGGGUCUAUUUCUCACGCAAAAGGAGAAUGGAAUCAUGGGCAUGUCCCAAGACCCCAACACAAUCGUCCCGUUCCUAGUCAAAAGCGGCGUGUUAAGAGCCAAUUUGUUUUCCUUGUGCUUUGCCGACACUGGCGGUACCAUGGUGCUUGGUGGCAUCGACCCAACGCUGCAUAUAGCACCCCCCAUGUACACGCCGCUGUUGACCACAAGUGGCUGGUUUACCGUGGAAGUGCUCGACAUUUUGAUUGGCAACGUCUCGCUCAACAUUGCGCCGUCGUGGUACAACAGCGGUCGAGGUGUGAUUGUAGACAGCGGGUCCACCGACUCGUACUUUCCAUCGAGCGUCGGGUCUUCGUUUGCGUCUUUGUAUCGGACAAUUGCCAAUGGCCACUCAUACAGAGAAGACGACGCGGUGCUGCUAAGUCCAUCUGACCAGCGAAAGCUCCCGAAUAUCCAAUUUGUUUUACGGGGGACGACGCCAGGGUCGUCGGUGGUGUUGUCGAUCCCGCCCUUGCAGUACUACACGGCCAACGCAGACGGUUCCGUGGCCAACAACAUUCACUUUACCCAGUCCAGUGGCGGAGUGUUGGGGGCGAGCACGAUGGCCAACUUUGACGUGAUCUUCGACAUGGACCAGCACCGCGUGGGGUUUGCGCCGGCGCGAUGCGACGAAACCCACGGACACGGGGACUUUGCCCCGAAUGUGUCGAAGGGCCAAUGGACGGAUAAGUCAUUUUGGGAGGUAUAUGGGACGCUGGUCACGGCUGUGCUCGUGUGUUCGGGUGGAGGGCUGGCGGUGCUGCUUCUCGUGCGGGUACUGGGCCGUCGGCAGCAGCACUGGACCCAAGUGGCCCUGGAAGAGAGCGGUACCCCCCCCGCGCCUCCGACGAACGAGGACGGCGACCUGCAUACCCCCGUGUCCCCAAAGAGGUCGCCUCGAUCACAGGAUGAUUCCAUUGGCAUCCAUGUGAUGUAGAUGAAAGCUAACAUACUGUACACAAACUAUUACUGGUGCAUUGAGUACCUACAUGGAGUACACCUUUUUGCGGUGAAUUUCAUCUGUUUUUCACUACCUAGUACUA